CGAUAGGCUAUAGCUAUGGGGGUUUCGUUUAAGGUCUCCAAAACCGGCCGGCGAUUUCGCCCGAAACCGCCGCUGUCGAACGCCGUCGUUUUGCGCGCCAACGAUGAAGAUUUGAACGAUGCGGCGAUUGCUGCAUCGAAGCAGAAAACCGAUGCUAUCGCGUUUCCUGCUGCUCGGAAGCUGGGAGAUGACAAGGAGAAUAGGGGAAUAUCUAAAAUUGGCGAGAAUGAAGUUUCAUUUACUCUUAAGAUUUUUCCGGAUGGAUAUGCAAUUGGGAAACCUGUUGAGAAUGAAUCUGCGAAUCAGACAUCAAAUGAUGUACCAAAGCUCUUGCGUCCAUUUGAUAGAGCAUCCGAGGCUCUCUUUUCGGCGAUUGAAUCUGGUCGAUUUCCGGGAGAUAUUCUGGAUGAUAUACCAUGCAAAUAUAUUGAUGGGACACUUGUCUGUGAAGUGCGAGAUUAUCGAAAGUGCUUUGCUGAAGGAGUUAAUGUGGCUUCUGGAAAAAUCUCAGCUACAAUUAACAGAGUGUCCCUUAAAAUGACACUUGAAAAUAUAGUGAAGGAUAUUCCAUCUAUUUCAGAAAAUGGUUGGACAUAUGGUGAUCUGAUGGAAGUGGAGUCUAGAAUAUUGAGAGCUACACAACCACAACUUUGCCUAGAUCCAUCCCCACAGCUAGACAAACUAUCUGAAGAUCCAGUUCAAAAUAAGUUAAAUUUAGAAUCGCACAGCAUGCGGAGGAAAAGAUUGAGGCAGAUUUCUGAAGCGAAUAACAAUGGAAAGAAAGCAAAUCAUGGUAGAGUUUCGGAAAGUUCUAGGUUGGGAGACAGAGUAACUUUAGCGCAGCAACCUGCCUAUGAGAAUACAAACAGUCAAAAUAAUGUUCCGAGUGCUAUGCUUCAACCAAGAAGCAAUAGCUUUGGGUCGGAUGGCUCUCUUCUGCCUUCACCUAUGGCAUCUCACCAGCCAAAAUAUAGUGGUGGUGGAAGCCCAAGAAUGAUGAAGGAUCAGCGGACAGGAUCACUUUUGAAUGCAUCUGUAGGUUCUCCUGGUGGGCAGGGCAUGAUGAUCCCAUCCGCUGAUAACACUGCGGCUUCUCUUCAUGGCAAGAGGGAGAAUCAAGAUGGGAUGCCAUCUCUGUUGACCAACAAGAAGGCUAGGCUUAUUACGCAUACAGGGGCUAAUGGGAAUAUACAGCAUUUAAGUUCACAGAUGGAUACUUUUCACGGUUCUGAACUGCACUGGAAGAACACAUUAACGCAGCAGCAGUCAAUUGGAAGAGAAAUGCAGUAUACUGACAAUGGCAUGCAAGAGUUCCCUCUGCAGGUAUUUGAAGGGGUCCAAAAUCAGGUAGGAGGGCCUGAUUGUUGUGUGGCCACGGGAGAAACAGAAUUGGCAAUUAUUGACUCCCAGCAGUCACAGUUGCAACAAGAGAUGCUGCAUCAGAUGAUGAGAUCCGGCUUACCGCAAUCUCCUUGGAACAAUCUUGGACAGUCUCUCAAUAAUAACUCCAGAAACGAGGACCCUUUCCAGAAGAGAAAAUUGGUUCAGAUUCCUCGUGUUUCUGGUGGUGGCCUACCUCAAUCUCCUUUGUCGACAAGAUCUGGGGAUUGUUCUAGUGGUUCUAUGGGGCAUCAAUUUGGAGCUGCUGUAACUAGUAGGCUUGCAUCACAAAAGGAUAAAAAUGCAGUCACAUCUGUUGGCGUUGGUGGCAAUCCAUCUUUCGCUUCAAGUGCUAAUGACUCUGUGCAGAGGCAACAUCACGCACAGGCAGCUGCAAAACGCAGAUCUAAUUCUCUUCCUAAGACUCCUGCAGUAAAUGGGGUUGGAUAUCCAGCAAGUGUUGGCAGUAUGAGCAUCCCAAUAAAUGCAAGCUGCCCUCCUGUUGGAAGUCAGGCAUUGGGUGAUCAGACCACGGAGAGAUUCUCGAAGAUAGAAACAGUAGCUAUGAGGUAUCAACUUAAUUGCAAAAAGGGUAAGGACGAUGAGUAUCCUAUGAGCAAGUCUAGCACGUAUUCAACUCAACAGCUGGUGUCUCAUUUGUUGAGUGAUUCAAACAAUGAGAGUUUGAAAGAUAAAACGCGUCAAAUGCCACUGUCAAAUUCCCUGGUUGAUUGCAGCAUGAAUGUUUGCAAAAGCAGGAUUUUGAACUUCAUUCAAACAGAGCGGACUCUUCAAGGUAAUACCUUCCAAGUUGUUCCAAACUCCAGAACUACGAUGAUCAUGUCGGAGAAACCAGAUGACGGUGCAGUUGUAAUUCAUAUAGGGGAAAUAGAGAGUGCUGGAUACUUGGCCGCAGAGAAUUACCUUCCAACAAUGCCAAAUACUCAUAUGGCCGACCUACUCGCAUUGCAAUAUGCUAAACUGAUGAUUCGGGAAGGCUAUUACAUGGAGGAUCGCGUUCAACCAGAACUUGUUCGGAUGAAUCAUAACUCAGGGACCCAGCCCAAUACUCCGAAAAUUUCUCCCACUAGUGCACCAUCUGAGAUGCAGCAGUUUCUCGAAGGUGUUCUGUUGCAACAACCGAGCGAUGCUGCAAAACCUAGUAAUAAUGGUAAUUCAACCUCAUUGCAGAACCUACAAGGCCCAAGGAUGCUGCCUCCAGGCAAUACUCAGGCGAUUCAAAUGUCUCAAGGACUUCUACCUGGGAUUUCAGUGUCUUCAAGGCCUCAGCAACCCGAACAACUGCCGCCUAUGCAACAGCAUCCUCGACAGCCACAGCAGCAUCCCCAGUCCCAAAGGAUGCUCUCAACGAACCCGAUGGAGAAUCCGAAUCAUGUAGCUCAGAAUGCUAAUAUGCAGUUGGGACCUCAAACCACAAACAAGACUACAGCUCCCGAAAAACUGCCGCCUAAGAAACAGAAACCUCGACAGCCACAGCUGCAUCCCCAGUCCCAAAGGAUGCUCUCAACGAACCCAAUGCAGAAGCCGAAUCAUGUAGCUCAGAAUGCUAAUAUGCAGUUGGGACCUCAAACGACAAACAAGACUACAGCUCCCGAAAAACUGCCGCCUAAGAAACAGCAACCUCAACAGCUACAGCAGCAUCCCCAGUCUCAGAGGAUGCGCUCAACGAACCCGAUGCAGAAUCCGAAUAAUGUAGCUCAGAAUGCUAAUAUGCAGUUGGGACCUCAAAUGACAAACAAGACUACAGCUCCUCAGUCUCAGCUGACACAACAGCAGCAACCAUCGCAACUUCUUCAGCCGCAGCAGCAGUCAACAGUGCAGAGAAAAAUGAUGCCUGGCCUUGGAAAUGUCAGCAACGGCGAUAUUAGCAGUAAUAUGGUGGGGCCUGGAGGUGGAGGUUUGGGUAAUGCCACGGGAAUUGAUGGGGCUAGGGAGGUGAGUGGAUCCGGCAUUUCUGCGCCGAAGGGGUCUGUGCCAAACAUAGGAAACAUGAAUCAGACUUCAGCUGCAAGUCUUACAAAUACCACUAGAUCCGGGGCGCUCACUCCGCAGCAAGCAGCUUACAUGAAAAAGACGAUGGGAAAGCAGAACCGAGCGAAUAUGUUGGGGAACCCGCAAUCGAGCAUUGGAGGCAUACCCGGAGCUAGACAGAUGCAUCCAGGAUCUAGUGUUUCCAUGCGCGGCCCGGGUGCUCUAAACCAGGCCAAUACGGGCCAGAAGAAACGUGCAACUAGAACGAAGGUACCAGGAAUGAAUAUUCACAAGAACCAGCAGCAACAACAACAACACCAGCUUCAGCAGCCUCAACAGCAGUUACAACAACAACAGCAGCAGCAGCAGCAGCAACAACUGCAACUACAGCAGCAGAAGCAACAGAAGCAGCAACAACUGGAACAACAGCAACAACUUCAGCAGCAUCCACAACCACAGCAGCAAGAAACAACUUCACCAUUGCUAGCUGUCGUUUUGCCUCCACAUGUCGGAUCACCUCCAAGCGUGGGGAUACCCCACCAAAUGAAUAAGCAACAACCCCAGAAAAUGAGUCAGAGAACUCCUAUGAGCCCACAGCUGAGUUCAGGAGCCAUUCAUCCGAUGGGUGCUGGCAGUUCAGAAGCCUGUCGUAGUCAUCAGUUGAGCUCACAACCCAUGGGCUCAGUCGCUAGUAUCCCAAACUCUCCAAUGGAGCUGCAGGGUGCCAAAAAAAGUAACUCUCUCAAUAAUACGUAG